GUUGUUUUUUGAAGUAUUGUUGUUGAUGAGCUUAUUGAAUUAGUUGAUUUCAAUGUUGAUAAUAUUAUUAGAAAUGUUGAUCUUGAUGUUGGUAUUAGAAAUAUCAUUUAUGAACUUAUUAAUUGAUUUAUUAUUUGGAUUUUAUGUGUAUUAUAUAUGUAUGAACUUAGUUAUAUUAUGGACUUUAAUAAUUUUUAGACCAAAAACGAUUAUAAUCAAAUGAAUAUAAUAUACUUGUAUGGACAUGAAGUUGAUAAUGAAGUUGAUUUUGUUUGUAUUAAUGUAGAAAAUGACAUCAUUUCGCGUCACUAUAGUAUGUUUUUAGAAUGGCUCUAUUCGAGAAAGUAGUGGUAAAGUUCAUUAUGUUGGGGGAAGACGUAGGUUGUUUGCAUGCAACUCGAACAUGGAUUUGAACCUGUUUAAACGAUUUAUAUGUUCUAAGAUUGGAUUGGAUCCCACUAGAAGUAUUGUAAAUAUAAGCUUUAAAUAUGACAUGAGUGGAGAAUUGCUUGCCUUUCCUGUUGAGGAUGAUGAGGCUAUAGAUGCUAUAUGGGAGCAUUCAAAGUCCACCCAAAUUCCCUCUUUAGACUCUUUAGAAUUAUACGUAGAAGAAGUACCAUUAGGGAAUGUAGUUGCUUCUAAUCCUACUCCUACCCCUAUGCCUAUAUUAACUUAGGAAAUUGUAAAUCCCGUCGUUUCUUCCGCAUCUUGUACUUUUUCUCAACCCCCUACGAAUCAAGUUCCAAUUGAUUCACUGGUUAACGUAGGAGAAACUGCUGAGAUGGGACCUUGGGAUGAUGGAAAUGAGUGUAAUGAGCUCAUUGACGAUCCUUCUAAGGAUGAUUUGGAUGUCGAUGAGGAUGCGCUAGCAACUGACAUGACUCUAGGCAACAUUCCUAUUAUCGUUCCUCCUACUCCUUAUGCCCUAUGUCCACCUCUAAACGAGUAUGAGGAGGACAACUCAUGGAGGACUUGGGCUUGUGAUACAACUUACACCGAAGACGGAGAGUUGGAGAAAAGUAUGACGUUUGAUAGCAAGGAAGCGUUGUUGGAAGCUAUCAUAGUGUAUCAUAUUCGUAGAAAUGUGAAGUAUAGAACGGAGACCUCAAACCAAACUGUCCUUACCUUGAAGUGUAAGCGGGGCUGUUCGUGGAGACUUAGGGCUACGUUUGAUUCAUAUUUAUCUUCAUGUCGUAUUGUUACAUACUAAUUACAUCUCCAAUGUUCAGUUGUGGGUGUGGGAGCAUAUUCUUAUUGGCCAACCUUAAAGAAUCGUUGGUCGUGGUGAUGCUGCUCCUCCGCAACAAACCCCACCAAAUGCUGCAUAUGGUUCAAGGUGGAAUUUUUCACGCCGGACGCGCAAGCACACUGGGACUGGUCUCGGGUUCUACCGAUAUUAGUUAGACCUGCUACGACCCAGCCAGUUUUUGUGGGACCAGUACCCUGCGGAAGCCUACGCAGCUGUACCCGAGCACUCGGGGAUUCAUUCAAGUGCGUGGAGGGCUUCUGUGCCACUCAUAUGCUUCGACAUUGUUGAAGUACAUCUACUAAAGCGCAUACCGCCAAUAUGGGUUGGUACAGGGCAUUCCACCGCGUUGUGACACUGAACCCCAGCUGCACCUGAUUUCGUGCAAAAAUCAGGAUACGACAAACUGGAUGGAGAUCAACUGGCGCCACAUCGCUCGUUAGGAUCGUAGAGUAGAGCUUCUGGCCCAAGGUGCGCUGAUCGAUGUUCAUGGUGUACCUACUACUCCAGGCUACAUGUCGUGGUUCCUCUCCAACAUUCGCCGAUGGAUGACACCACGUGGCAUCAUCGCAGCAUCAUAGUAUGCACCUGCUGCGCCUAUGAUGACCCAAUUCAUAAGUCUUUAUUUGCAUUUAAAUGAUUAAGUUGCCGAUUACAUAAUAUAAUAUUACAUUAACUAAAUAUCAAUUACAGGCACAAGGUGCGGCAACAGUGAUGCGGUACAGCUACGAGGAGCCGGUGAGGGAGAUUGUGCAAGGCAUGCUCGUCGGCACGCAGUUCCAGCACUUUAACCGGAAGUCACUGCAGAGUCCUCACCAGCUAUUGCUCAUACGCACGUCUCAUCUCCUGCUUAUGACUAUCAUUUGGAGGAGAUGGACUUUUCAUACCUUGUUGACGUUGCGGGGACCUCGCAGGCUGGGCCAUCACAGCCAUCACAGUACCAGUCCCCUCCACUACCAGAGCGACACUCGAACGCCUCUUACUACCGUAGGAGGCAUAGGAGACCAACUCAGUUGGAUAGGGUAGAUGAGGGUUGUGAGCGUUAACGUUUUGCUUUUGUGUAUUUGA